AGCAGUGAAAUUCGUUGUCACGUCUCUCACACUCCCCUGUAGACAACAUCACACUCACACGCUGUGUGGUUGUCUCACGACUACAAUCUCUAAUCUAUUGUCAUCACUGUUUCAUCACAUCCGAAGGUACAUAAGUAUUAGGUUGAGAUGAAGUACUUAAUUCGUUCCUACUCUCUCAAGAACUCCUAAUAUUCGACAAAAAGCCUUCACCUUUAUCCGAAAAUGCCGACGAAGCCGAAGGAGCGCAAGGACCUCGGCAACGUGGACAUCGGGGACUUCAACCGGGAUGUCUAUCAAAACGAGAAGGAGCUGGACGCGGCCGGCCAGGCCGUGGCCCGGGAAAACGCCAUGCUGUCGGGCGCGGUCCUGCUGGUCGGGGUGCAAACCGCGAUCGAAAACGGCGCCCUGGAGGACACGUGCGACGCGGUUGCCGGCCUGGAGCAAUUCGCCAAGGACGGCGCGGAACUGGCCAAGCCGGUGCUGGAGUUUCUCCGGGACGGUGCGGCGCAAAUCGCCGCGGAACUGAACGAGGAGAAUCUGAAACUGCUUUUGAACGCCUGCAAAAAUCUGGGGGAAAUGGGACUCGAGGCCUUUCAGGUAGGGACGGAUUUGGUUUUUGCAUCGGACGAUCGACAUUUUGAUACGUUUAGUAGAUGUUCAUAUGAUGAACAUGAAGAUCAUUUGUUGAUGCAUAUUCAUAUUCUCGAUGACCACAGCACUAGCACUAGCAGCUGCAGCACGUGCGCCGUCGUGUUACAGAUGAUCACAGCACUUCUCAAUCUGUACAUCUGAAAAUAAACGAAAAACCCAGGUUCUCGGCGCCAAGAUCGCGGAGGGUGCGCAGGCGGCCGGCAAGGCGAUCGAGUCCAUCGAUUGGGAGACCCUCGGGUCCGACGCCGCUGCCAUGGCCAAAGCCGCCGGCGAGGCGAUGAAGGAGGCGGGCCGGACCGCCGGAAAGCUGAUGUCCGACGCGUGGGAGCAGCUGACCGCCGACGAAAAGACGGAGGCCGCGGGCGGCGACGAGGAGAAGGCGAGCGGCAUCAGUAAGGGCUUGGAGGAACUGUCCAAGACCGGGUCCGGGCUGGCGGCCGACGCGAUCGAGGUGUUAGGGAACGUGUUGGAGAAGAUGAAGGACGAGGCGGUCAAUUUGUUGCAGAAGGCGGUCGGGGUCCUCGCCCGCGCGGGAAUCGACGACAUGUUCAAGCAGCUGUGGGAGAAGCUGUCGGAGCUCGUCGGGCAACUGGCCGAAGCCGGCCGCGCGGUCGCGCCGGUGGUGCUGGAAAACAUCGGGUCGGCGGUGGACGUGGUCCAGGACUUCGGCGCGGAGAUGAUGAACGGCGCCGCCGCGGAGGCCGCGCGGGAGAACGCGGCGGCGGCGGCCGGGAUCCUGCUCGGCGCGCUGGAACAGGUGCCGGACGUGGCGGAGGACGCGGUUAGCGCUUUAAACAAGAUGAAAUCCGACGCCGCACCCUUGGUCGGGAAGGCGCUGGAGCAGGUGAAGGGCGUCCUGGAUGCGGCGGUCGCGAAGUUGGCGGAUGUGGACGUGGACAAACUGCAAAAAGCGGUCGCGUACGCCGCGCAGUCCGGGAUGGCGGGGAUGCAGGACUUGUUCGCGGCCUUGAGCAGUGUUGUGGGCGCCGCGAUUUCCGCGGGCAGACAGGCCUUGUCCCAGGUGGAGAUGCCGGACCUCGAGCAGUUCAAACCGCUUUUGCAGAACGGCGCCGCCAUCGUCGCGUUCGUGGCGCUCGCGCCCGUCGGGCUGACCGCGGCGAUCGGCAUUGCGGCGGCGGAGCUCGCGAAGGACGACGUGAAGAAGGCGGGAAAGAUGAUGCUGGAGGCGCUGGACAAACUGUACGCCGAGGGCCAGGAGGUCUCGGAAGACGCGUACAACGCGGUGAAGCAGAUGGCCGAGGAGGGCGCGGCUCUGUCGGGCGAGGCGGCGACCGCGGUGUCCGGCGCGGUGGCCGGGUUGCUGGAGAAGAUCCCGGACGUGGACGUGGAGGACCUGCAGCGCGCGGUCGGCGCCGCGGCGAAGGCGGGCAUCGAGGGCAUGCAGCAGCUGUGGGACGUGUUGUCCGAGGCGGUGGACGCCGCCGUCGCCGCCGGCCGCGAACUGGCUAAGGUCGACUGGGAGUCCAUCGUGGUCGCCGGCGGCGACUUCAUGGCCCAGGGCGCGGAGAUCGCGGCCAAGGGCUUCGGGGAGCUGGGCGACGUGUACAAGGUGGCGCGGUCCGAAGUCACCGACGCGAUCAACGCGUUGGCGGGCGCGACGGUCACCGGCUGCGCCGCGUGCAUGGACUUGAUCAAACUCGAGAUCUUCCGCGACGUGUUCCAGGCCCUCGGUCUCUUCUUCUCCAAACUCUUCGCCGGGCUGUCCGAGGGCGCGGGCGCGGUCGGGGCGGCAAUCUGGGGGUUCGUCGGGAACCUGAUCGCGAUUGACUGGGGCGCGAUGAUUCCGGUGGAAACGCUGAUCAUCAUUGGCAUCGUUCUGUUAGUCAUCGUGGCGGUGCUCGUCGUCAUUUCCUUCGCAUACUUCCUCUACGUCGCCAUCACGCAGCAACAGGACGAACUGCGCGAGGGCCACGAGGCGGAAUCGUGGUCGGACAAGAAGAAGACGCAGGGGCGGAAGGUCUGGUUCAUGACCCAGGUGCUGACCGCGGCGUUGAGUAUCUACCUACCUUUGACUCGUACCUGCAUUGAGAUUCUGUACUGCGAUGUGCCGUUUGACCACCAGUUGAAGGACGGACUGAAGGAGGACAUGUUUCGGUGCGACAGCGGCCUGAUGACGGGGAUCGCGUACUUCUUCGGAAUCUUCUUCGUCAUUCCGUUACCAAUCCUCGCCUUCUGGCUGAUCUCGAAGAACAAGCCGCAGGGCUCGCCCGAAAACCCGGAUCUCACCUACGACGACGACGGCAUCGAGGUGGAAUUCACCGACAAACUGUACCACGAACGCGUCAUGACCGAUCCGGACCAGAUUGCUUGGUAUAUGGUUCUUCUUUUAGAUAGAUGUUUUGAAUGCCGAUUGUGAUUUUUUGCUUCUGGAUCUACAGUAGUUAUUUGGGCACGACAUUCAGACUCCGUCUUCCUUCUGCAGCUUGUGUGUUCAUCCAGGGGAGCGUGAAUUGCGAUUUUAUUCGAAAAAAUAAAGAAAAUAUUCUAGGCGUUUCCGCUCCUGAGAGUGAGACCUAAAUGAGUCUAAUCACCCUACAACUCCUACAGCCCCUACCGCUCCCUGUACAUGGGGUUCGAGCGCAAGGCAGCCUGGUACAAGGUCGCCAUGAUGUUGUUCAAGCUCGCGCUGGUGCUGCCCGUGAUUUUUCUCGCGAAGAAGUGGGACACCGCAGCCGCGCAGACCUCAGGCACAACGAGCGCGCCGGAAAUGAAGGGCAUCAUCAUUUACGAUCAGUACCAGAAAUGCAUCGACAACCCAACUUCUUACCUCGACUUUACCGGACUGAGCCCAGGGGACGUCAAAAUCACCGUCAGCCUCCACUACAGCAUAAAUAACCCGGGUGCUGUCGCAGAUUUCAGCAAAGACGCCGCGGGCUGCAACGACCUCUUCAAGGACGCGUUCAGCAUCGAGGACACCCCGGCGCAGGGGGGCGCGACCUUCGGUGUGGUCUUCGCUUUCGCGCUCCUGUCCUUCUACUUCACCCCCUUCGUGGACCCCAACAGCGACCGCAUGGACAUCAUGGGCCGGGUCGCCAUGUCGGCCACCACCCUGAUUGCGGUGAUCUACGCCACGGGCGUGAAGCAGGGCAGCGGCGGGGACAUGGUGCUAGGGAUCGCGCUGAACGUCGUGAACGCAAUCAACUUCAUUUACCUGACCUUCUGCAUUGUCACCGGGUUUCCCUGCAUCCGGUCGUGGUGGAAGAACAAGAUCGGGCGGAUCGACUUCUCCGACACGAGUUUCAAAAACCUCCGUUUUCUCUCCUGUAAAGAAGCAGUCCCGGACUGGGACCUGUACCGCGAGAUCAAGCACCGCAUCUGGCACGCGUUUUGGAACACGGUGUUGUUAAAUGCCUGCGGGGAGGAGGUCGCGGCCCGGAUGCUGGAGCUGAAGGAAAAAACCCGGCAGUUCGGCAUCGAGAAGAUCAAGAUGCACUGGGCCGGGUUCAAGGACCCCAAGACCUUCGCCAUGCGCAUGGAGGCGCGGAAGCAGUACGAGGGGGUGGAUCUGUACUGGGACGAUGCGACGGGACCCUUGGACAAGAAUCUGGACUCCGCCAGUUGCUUCGGGAAGAUGUACAUUGACCCCUACCCGUUCCACAUGGUGAUGGUCUACGACGACUGCGACGACGUGGCCUUUCUGUGGGGCCCGGAGAAACUGGAGCAGUUUUUGAACCUGCAGAAGCGGGAGGACAUUGUGGCCAAGGUGUACAACCGGCGCCGGUUCCGCGGGCUGUCGUUGUCUGGCGGCGAAUUCGAGCUCCCCUUCUCCCGGCAGGAGUCCGAGACCGUGCCCGAUGGUACGAGAACGGUGACGGACAAGGACGGAAAUUCGCACCAGGAGCAGGUGUUUUCGACGGUCACUUUCGAGUGUUACUACACGAACGGGGCCGUCAACGUGGGCGCGAACACGGACAAGAAGUUUGCCGCGGGGUUCGACGUCUCCAUGACGUACCGCGAUGGGUACGGCGACGCGAUCAAACCGCGCACGUGCGAGCCGGUGCAUUUCUCCAACAGGGUGGCGACCCUGGGCCGCGACCACGUGGGCCUGGACUCGUCCUUCGACCUGACGGACCGCAUGAACGAGGUGUUCGCCGCCUCCCAGCAUUUGUGGGAGCCCCAGCUGGAGCCUCUGCAGGAGGCCGCGCAGGCGUACCGGUCCGACCUGGUCGCCAGUUUCGAAGCGAAAAAGGGGAUUUUGCACAACGGCUUCUGGUACUACGUCUACAACAACAGCCAGAUCUCCCGGAAGGAGCUGCUCCAGUACAUCAACGACUAUGAAACCAACCCGACACUGAAAACCUUCCCGACGGACCACCAGGCGGGGCUGAACUUCCUCUUCCUCCGCAUGCAGGCGGUGAAGCACCCGGUGGCGGCCUUCUGGUUCUGUUUGUGGGACGACAUUUGGGAGGAAAACAAGGACAUGGCGGCCUUGAAGGAUUUGGAGGACGACAUCGCGCCCACGAGCGGGAACUCCAUCGCCUACCGUCCGAUGGAACGGGAGAAGCUGCAGCAGUGGCUCGAGGAACGCAACCUGUGGGGCGGCACCAGCCAGGGCUGCUGCUGCUGCGGGGACUACCUGUUCACCGAGGCCAUGCUGGACGUCAUCUACGAGCGGUUUGAAAAGGAGAAACAGGGAGUGGCCGCCGGGGUGUAG